AUGGGACAUAAGGAGCAUGGAGGGACUUGGCACAUGGAAGCAGCUCAACUGGAUACGCAAAGGAAGAAGGGAGAAGCCAUCUUGAAGACCAGCUCGACCGUCCACUCGACCAACCGGUCGAGUUCCUCAACUCGACCGGCCAAGCUUCAACUCGAUCGAGCUGGAAAGGGAGAAGACAAGAAGAAAGAUGAGUUCCUUGCCAAAAUUGCUGAUGCUGAAACACCAUUGCAUCCAACUUGUGUCAACCACAACAAGCUAUCAGCGAUUGUAUCCUUGUUCAGACUGAAGACACAGAACGGCUGGUCAGACAAGAGUUUUAAUGAUCUUCUCGAGACUUUGCCAGGGAUGUUACCAGCGGAUAAUGUGUUACACACAUCACUUUAUGAGGUCAAGAAAUUUCUGAAAUCAUUUGAUAUGGGUUACGAGAAGAUCCAUGCCUGUGUCAACGACUGCUGCCUGUUCAGAAAGAAGUACAAGAAGCUUGAGAAUUGUCCAAAAUGUAAGGUUUUACGGUGGAAGACAAACAUUCACACUGGUGAAGUGAAGCAAGUUACUUGGGAUCAGAUGAACGCCAAGUACCCUUCCUUUGCAACAGAAGAAAGGAACGUGAGACUUGGACUUUCCACAUAUGGCUUUAAUCCGUUCAACAUGAAGAACAACAUGUAUAGUUACUGGCCUGUUUUGCUUGUAAACUACAACUUGCCACCUGAUUUAUGCAUAAAGAAGGAAAACAUAAUGCUUACAUUGUUGAUUCCUGGUCCACAUCAGCCUGGAAAUAGCAUUGACGUCUACUUGGAGCCGCUCAUAGAGGAUCUAAACCACUUGUGGAAUAACGGAGAGGUCACAUAUGACGCCUUCAGUAAGUCUACUUUCACUCUCAAGGCGAUGCUGCUUUGGACGAUAAGUGAUUUCCCGGCUUAUGGAAAUCUUGCAGGCUGCAAAGUGAAAGGUAAAAUGGGCUGUCCUUUGUGUGGGAAAAAUACUGAUUGUAUGUGGUUGAAGUUCAGCAGGAAGCAUAAUCUCAGAAAUUUCAAGAACGAGUUUGGAAACUUGAAACGAUCCGGUAGAAAGAGGAAAAAGCUUGUGUGUACAUCUGUGGGCUCUGAAGUUAAGGAUUUAUCUAGUGAGUUAGAGGAAGAAGAAGAGGAAGAAUUACAAGUAAAUGAGGAAGAGUUACUGCGAUGGAAGAAAAAAUCAAUCUUUUUCAAGUUACCUUAUUGGGAGGAACUCCCUGUGAGACAUAACUUGGACGUAAUGCACGUUGAGAGGAAUGUGGCUGCAAGUAUAGUGGCUACAUUGUUGCAUUGUGGAAAAUCUAAAGAUGGUCUUCAGGCUCGUAAAGAUCUAGAGGAGUUGGGUAUUAGGAAGGAUCUACAUCCAACCAUCCAAGGGAAACGGACGUAUCUACCAGCAGCACCUUGGUCUCUAUCCAAGACAGAGAAGAAGAUUUUUUGCAGGCGACUAUUUGACUUCAAAGGCCCUGAUGGAUAUUGCUCAAUCAUAUCAAGAGGAAGGAAAGCCCGACUUGGUGGUCCAGUCCAUUUUAGGUGGAAGUACCCAUUUGAAAGGUAUAUGAAAAUUCUGAAGGAUUUUUUCAAAAAUCCUGCUAGACCAGAGGGAUGUAUCGCUGAGUCUUACCUUGCUGAAGAAUGCAUCCAGUUUUGUAGUGACUUUCUGAGGAAUACAACAAGUGUACAAGAAAAACAGUAUAGAAACACCGAGUACGAGAAAGUAUUCAUUCUGGAGGGUCGUCCAAUCUAUGCAGGCUCUCCAGUCGUUGAACCUUACGUAGAGUAA